GAAAUCUGGUGAAAUUAAAUAAUUAAACUUAUUUAUACUUUGACUUCGAAGAUUAAUUCAUGAUCAAACUGACCCUGGAGGAAGUAAUGGACGAGAUGAUUGACUAUCUGAAGGUCGCUUUUAGAAUGCCUCCCCAGUAGAAAACUCUUAGAGACUUCAAAACGAGGCUUGCACAUGUCGCCAAAAAUCUAACAUGGUGGAUGAAAUUUAAAUUUUUCCAAAAUCUGAAACAUGUGAACCACUUAUUAUUUAUAUUUUUGUUAUUUUGGAGAACUGAAGGUUCUAAGGUUUUCCAGUCAUGACAGACCACAAAGAGGAACAAGAUCUGGAACUUGAAGCUCUAAGUUCUAUUUACCCGGAAGAAUUUACUCAGAUUGAAAGUGAUCCAUGUUGUUUUCAAGUUUCAAUUGCUAGUGAACCUGAAAAACCUGAAGAUGAGGACUGUAGAGUUUGUGCCACUUUGCAGUUCUCGUAUGUAGACACUUACCCCGAUGAGGCCCCUAUUAUUGAAGUGCCAUUGUAUGAAGGAUUGGAUAAUUCAGAUGCUGAGGGACUUAGAGAGUAUUUAGAGCAAGAGGCACAAGAAAACUUGGGGAUGGCAAUGAUUUUUACCUUAGUAUCAGCUGCACAAGAAAAACUCAACAAGUUCAUGGAUAAAUUAAAAAAUAACAAAGAAGAAGAGAAGUUGAGAAAAGAAAAAGAGGCUGAGGAGGCAGAGAAAACCAAAUUCACAGGGACCCCAGUAACACUUGAAACAUUUGUGGCCUGGAGAAGAGCUUUUGAGCAAGAAAUGAUGCAGACUAAAGAGAAUAAAAAUGAAAUACCUAAAGGAAAACUCACAGGGAGACAACUCUUUGAACAAGAUGACUCCAUGAGAGACUCAGAUGCUGCUUUCUUAGAACGUGAAGUAGAGGUAGAUGAAUCACUUUUCCAAGACCUGGAUGACCUAGACCUUGAUGAUGAAGAUAUAGAAUAAACUUACUAUUUUUUUAAAAUUUACAUAAUAGUAAUGGUUCUUGAAAUAUUUAUGGGUUGGAUGACAUGUUUUUAUGAAGUUGUUAUGCAGUUGAACUUGAAACUUCAGUGAACCUUAUUCGUGGAAAUUCUUCUUUUUGAAAUCUCACCCCAAAAAUAGUCAUUGGAAUUUCCCACAAGGGAUCUUUGAUUUCGGAAACUGGGAGCAAAAAUCUUCCCCUUUCUCUUACUCCACUUUCUUUCCCUUGAGCACCUCUGACUUUCAUCUCCCACCCAUUUUUGCAAAGUGAUGCAGAUGAAUUAUUAAGAGAUGAUUGCAUUGUUCUUACCCCCCCCACCACGCCCACCUUUACCUCUGAGGAGAAAAAAAUAAACAGUUGUUCCUUGUAUUUCUUAACGUUUGAGGAGACCUUGGAGUUUUAUUCCAAACUAUUUGGAGAUCAAAUUAAACAAAUUGCAAUGUCACAAUA